AUGUUAGACCUAGAAGUGGACUUGAACACAGCACUUGUAGCAGUCAAACAGAAAUGUGUGGACUUGGACGAGAAGAUUCGAAGAGAGAAUGAAGUAAGUAGACAUGAAAACCGCGGUCGUGGAUACUUGGGAGUUCGAAGAUACAUCUAUGCAUUGACGACCAAAAACAGCGAGAAUAAUCUUCAACGUCGUGGGAGAUCGCUGACAAGAGUGUACGUUGAGCAGAAGUUUUACAGAUCGAAGUCUGUUCCAUCGCCUGACCAAGUUCAACGCCUUGAAGACUGUACUCAGGACUUUGGACCAAACAAUGAGGAGCGUCUGGAGUACGUUGAAACUAUCGAUGCUCCACUGAAUGAGCUGAUCAAAGAAGACCAGUCCCAUCAUAAAAUGGUAUCACAACGUCUUCCAAAAGGACAAGGAGAAUGGGAUCAUGAACUGGCAGUUUAUGAAGAAGACGGGGUCAGUGGCCAAUUGGAAGAUAGAACAUUGACAUUGAGAGCAGGAGAUCAUCCAUUCGGAAUGAAUCAGUUCAAUGAAGUGGCUCAAGACGUUAGCUCUAGAAUUGCAAAGUUUUUCUCUGAGAAAGAGGAGAACCAUAUUCGAGCUCGUGAACUAUCUCUUUCCGUUCAUCCAGUAUAUCAUCAGAGUAAUGGCGAUGCAUACACUUCAUUUGGAAUGUCUCGUUCUAAAUCCAUGGGAUCCGUGGCCCAUGAAGCACACCAGAAAUCUCAUGCGUCGGAAACUCAUGUAACUACGUCAUCAACGUAUCAUGCAUCAAGACCACGCCUGGAUCAGGUAUCCACUACUACCAAGUCAUUGAGCAACUUGUACAAUGUUGAUUCUCGUCAUGACUAUGAAUCGCGCUACGGUCAUUAUGUUUCUGGAUACGGUCACUAUGGAAAUCCACUACCUCCACCAAAGAAUCACGAAGUGAUGCCAAAGAUGUCAGUGAAAAAAGAGGAGCAUAUUUAUGCACCACCAUUGCCCAGAACUCAUGAACACACAACUACUAAUGUGGAGAAUUUCGCAAGUCACUAUGAGAGAAAAUACGAUUUCAAAUCAACAUUCCCACCAGGAGUCGAGAUGCCAGAAGGAUAUCACGACUAUUAUGAUCCUAGCAAGUUCAUGUUCCUUGAUCCAAAAGGGUACUAUCAGGGCAACAUCACUCGUCCUCUCCAUUACUCUUACUCUCGCGACUAUCUUGAGAAGUAUUCCGACUACGGUUCACGUCGUCAAUCUCCAGUUCCACCUGUCAAAACACCUGAACCUGAAUACAUUGUUCUUUCGAAAACCGAAGAUCUUCCAAAGCACGAUACCCAUUUGACUUUUGUAUUCCCAGAUUACUACGACAAUGCCACCAGAAUCAUUCUGAAUCGUACUGAGGAUCUUGCGCUACACGACUUUAUUCCUACCAAACAUGCCGACUACUAUGACAACUCCGCCCGGAUUGUUCUGACAUACACCAGAGACGUCCCACAUUGCCAGAUUGUGAUUGAAGAAUAUCCAGCCUACCGUCCAUAUGAAACCCAAGAGUUGGUUGAGACUUUCGAUGACGAAGAACCAGAGUAUGAAGAAAUUUAUGAGCCAGUCCUUAUCGAGCUUCAUUACAACAGGGACCCUGAUCACUACGUUUUUUGUCCAACUAUUCCCUAUUCUCCACCUCCACCACCACCACAACCAGUCGUUGAGGAAAUCCACGUGGCAAAUCCAGUUCAGGUCAUCGAAGAGCCCCCAGUACCUGCCGAACGUCAUUAUGAUGAGAUCUACAUUGGAAGAGAAGCAUUGGAUGUUUCAGUAUCUCCAACAUUCAAUAAAAGUGAUGAUCAAAAGCAUUUGGGACUGGAAAAGAGUGUUCAUGAUCGUGUGAGAGAAAUGGAAGAAUCGUUGAGAAACGUGGAUAGACUUAGACUUUUGGAAGAAGAAAAGAGAAGGCAAUAUGAAAUUAGACAGGAGGAAAUCAGAGCAGCAAGAUUGAUUGAAGAGCAACAUGCGUACAAUGCAUACGAGGAAGUAGAAGAAAGCAAGAAUACUCCAGCUCCUCUUCCACAACCAGUUCACGUUCCUGAUGUAUUCGUCAUUCCUGAGAAGCCAAAACGAACAUGGCAGCCACCACCAAAACCAGAACUAGAACUUGAUGAACACAUUGACAAGCCUCUUGGUCCAGUAAUCUUCCAUGAGCUGAUUUAUCAACAAGGAAUUCUUCGUCAAAAGUUCCAAGAAGAGCAUCGUCAGAAUAAGGCUCGGCCAGUGAGCCAUCCAGUGUCUCGUGCUAAUUCUCGUCCAACAACUCCUGGUUUGGAGCCAAAGUCUAUUGAUUUCCCACGUCUUGAUAAUGCUACUAGUCCCAGAGAUCACAGCGAUUCUGCAGGAAACGUGGAUUAUGUUCAGAAGCAUAUUCAACAGUACAAUGCGUAUGGUGAUUCCAUUACUCAAGAUUCUCAACUGGAGAAUCGAUCGCAUGUGCAUACUGUCAAUGCUGAAACACAUAAUCAUCCUCAAAAUCAUUUCAAUCAUUCGGAUAGCCAUGCUCAUUCCCUCUCCGAGCAAAUUCAUCAUUCGCAUUCACAAACUCAUGUGUCUCAAAUCAACCAUGUCCAUUCUGAUUCUCACGUAUACGAUCAUGUUCAUAGAGCUCAGGAGCAUCGGGGUAGUGUUGUAUAUGAUGAGCCACACGGUCAAGCAGUCUAUGAUAUUCCACAUGAUCAAGGUUCAAAAUAUCAAUUUUUCAAAACUCAAACUGACACUGAAAUUAUAGAGCAUCACUACGAGGAAGUUCAUAAUGGACAUCACGAAACCCAUAUCCAUCACCAUCAUCACCACCAUCAUCAUCUGAAUGAGCAAGAGCUACAGUAUGAAGUUGCUCGAACAAAUAAAGCAAUCCGUCAGAUGAGCAAGACGAACAAAUGGGAAGAGCAUGAGGAGAAAAGACCACAUAUUGAGGCUCACAAGAAUGAAGGAUCGAGAGUAAGCUCGUCUUCUCAAGUUAGCACGACUACAACAGGAUCAACCGUUCUUCAUCAUUCUAACUCUCUGAAUCGUCAAAAUAUUCCUCCUCCAUUGAAGAUUGAUAACGAAAAUUCCGAGUCUUAUCAUGAACAACAUCAUUACGUUCACUUCGACAAUGAAAACUCUGAAAAUGUUGCUCUCCACAGCUCGAAAUCUGUAACCUCUUUGGAUUACCAACCGGUGAAUGUUGGUCAUGUUAAAAGCUUGACCAAACUUUUCAACAAACCGGAUGAGAAGCCAAUCACAACUGAACAAGUUAUCUAUAGAACCCGUGCUGCUCCUCCAGGCCAUCAUUUCCAGCAAGGUAUGAAGUCAAACACUAUAACUUUCAAUUAUUGUUCUUUUUUAGAGAUUAAGCCCCGUCCACGAUCACUUCCACCAGUCCCAAUGGAUGAGAUCGAACUGCAUGAGCAUGGAGAACGAGAUCAUUUGUCACGUCAUCAGCAUGAAAUUCAUGACCAUCAUCAUACAGAGCAUCAUGGAAACUCUUAUUCCAUUGGUGGUGGAGUGGCACUACAUGUCAAUGAGAAAACUGUAAAGUCACCUACCAGCCCUCAGAACAUCUUCCACAACUCUCAUUAUCAUCAUCAAACCAUGAACGAAGAGCCCACAAUCCGUGUUCGUCGUGUCUACAAAGCUCUCGAAGACACCUCAAUGCUCUCGCCAAUUUCUCUUCAAAGUGAUGAACCGAUGUAUGAUAUUCCAACUGAUGGAUUCCAUUGA